GUGAAUAUCGUACGGGUGAAGACGUCUUCUGUUCGUCUGGCUCCGACUCUGGCUCUCAUCUGAGAUUCCUCCCCCAAACAAAUAAUACACCAAAUAAUCGACAAUAGUGAGACAACAUUGCCACAACAGUUACACGAAAAAGUGCAACAUUAUAACUAAUAUUCACAAGCGAAUAAAAAAAAGAGAAACACAUCAACUUGGAGAGCGGAAAACUUUGUCAUAAAUAAGUUUAUAGCAAAACCUACAUAUUGCUUCCAUCACGAAACCGAAAGCAGCAAAAAGGAAGCUGUGGAAGAUUGAGUUGCUGCCACAGUUACUGGCGAGUGUUGCUGCUGCCACACAAACUGACAUUCAGAGCACCGCUGCCAUUGAUGCCGCUGAUGCCGCUUAAAGGCAAUUCCAAAUACAAAAUGCGGUGUACGCAGCUCAAUUUGUUGUGUGCUCUUCUCCUGCUGGCAGUUCUAGGCCACACAAGCGCAGAAACCAAGUACCGCACACCUGCACGCAUUUUGGCCAAGCAAACGGGCGCCACCCAAUUCGAGGAGGAGCGCUACGAGGCGCACCCGAACUGCAAUGAGCACAAGCAUCACCUGAAGAAGCGCGCCUCCGACGAGGAUGUGGACUAUGAGGUGUACCAGGGCGUGGUGGGCAGGCCGGGCAUUGACUUUCCCAUUUACCCAAGGAUACCCAAGACCUCCUUUAGCUGUCGCUCCUUUGGCAAUGGCUACUUUGCCGAUAUGGAAACGGACUGUCAGGUCUUUCACAUCUGCGAAGAGGGACGCAAGAUCUCGUUCCUCUGUCCAAAUGGCACCAUCUUCCAGCAGAGCGAGCUCACCUGCGACUGGUGGUUCAAGGUGAACUGUUUGGGCUCCUCCGGCUACUAUGCAGAGAGCGCUGAGAUCCUCAACAAGCAGCGUGUCCAUCGAGUGCGUCCCUCAGUGCCUGUCCAGGGCUUCAAUAUUGUCGGUGGCGGCCUGAACAUCAAGCCAAAGGUCACUCCUGUCGCUGGCCAAGCGCGGGCUGGUCCUCGUAGCAAACCCGACAGACGCAUCGACUCCAUGGAGGAUGUGCCCGCCUCCGUGGAGAGCGUGGACUUUGACGAUGUGUCCGGGGAGAAGCAGCGCAAGGUGCUGCCCAGCAUCGACAACAACAGCAACGAUCACGAGACCCAGAUCACCGCCGAGAGCUCCUCCUUUGUGAGCGGCUCGGGCAAGCGUCGCAACAACAAAGGCAGCGACUCCAACAGGAACAGCAACGAUGAUGUCACUGUGCUGAAACCCUCCAGGAAUAGGACGCCAUUGGCUACACAGGAACGGACUCCACUAGCCACUCAGGAGAGAGCUCCAGUGGCCUCUCAGGAAAGGACUCCACUGGCUUCGCAAGAAAGGACUCCACUGGUCUCACAGGAAAGGGCAGCCUCUCAAGAGAGGGGAGCACCUCGAGGCGAAUCCACGGAGCGCGCAAGGCAGGGGCAGCGCGGACAGCAUAGAUGGCGGGAGAGCGGCAGCGAAGAGCACAGCAAGGAGAGAGAGCGCGAGAAGCCCAUUCUUUCCUUCAAAGAGAAACCCACCGCCAGCUCCCAGCAGAAAGAAAAACCCACCGCCAGCGCACAACAGAAGGACAAGCCCACCGCCAGCUCUCAAUUCAAGGACAAGCCCACUUCUGGCUCCCAGCUGAAGGACAGGCCCAACUCUGGCUCCCAGCUGAAGGACAAGCCCGAGUUCUAUGAGGCGCACUCCACGCGCUCCGUGCCACACACGACUCCUUACUUCACAGCUGGCAGCUACUCCACCGCCCGUCGCCUUGAGCCCAGCAAAUCCACGCCCUUCUACACGCCCACUGUGCCGAGUCUGAUCAAGUCCAAGACCACGGAGGGAAAGCUGAACUACAUCAAGGGAGGACACUCGGCCACGACACCCAAUCCGAAUCGCUUUGGCGGCGCCAGCUCUGGCAUAUUCCUGGAAUCAUCGGUGGCGCCCAAGAUCAAGCCCACAGCGAGCGGAAGCAUUGAGCUGGACAGCACCUACAAGCCGGUGAUCAUUGGCAUGCGGCAUCACUACGAUGUGGCGAGUUCCGGGGAGUUCCGAGCGCCAAGCAAGCUGAGCGACUAUCUGCCAACGACGCCUGCUCCCUCGGCCACGAGCAGUGGGCCCACCUACCUGCCAAAGAGCGCCAUAUCCCCGCGGGGAAAUGCAGCAGCUGCAGCUGGAGAGGAUGCCCUGCUCUUUGCGCCCAAUCCCGUGAAGGAGGAGUCUGUGUUCCGCAAUGUGCAGGAUAUGCUCAAGACGAUGAACCUGCUGAAGGAUCAGUUCGAGGACGUGGAGCUAAGUGGAGCGGCAGCUGCAGCGGCACCAGCAAGAGUCGGCCUGGAGAUUCCACCCUCCUCGGGACCCGAUGCCUUGGUGUCCCUGGCCAAAUAUUUCGCACAGGAACACAACGAAACAGUAAAUGCUCUGCUGGGCAAGCCAGAGAAGUCCGAGAAGCCCGAAAAGGUGAAGACGAAACUCUCGGUGAAGCCACCGCCGCUGCCCACAGCCAAGCCAUCGGACACCACAGCCAUUCUGACAACGUCCGAGAAUCCGCCUGCGAUCAGCGAGAAUGCGGAUGACAUCAAGCACAGUCUGCUGAGUGACAACACCGUCAAGAAGUACAGCAGCCUCUUUGGCUUGAAGCCCGCCAAGGGUCGUGUCGCUGGGGAGACGGAAAUCAGCACCGGCCUGCUCUCGCCCAAGCCAAACGAGACGCAAUCUCUGCCUGAGUCCGAGCAGGGUUCACAGUACCAGCAGUUCCCACAGAUCGGAACCACUGGCUCUACCAUAGGCGCGCUGGCCGAGAAGCCCGAGUCGCGUAAGAUUGCGCAGAUCUUUUCGAAUGCUUUGUCCAGCUAUCUGGAUAAUCCUGCCACAUUCCGGGCUGAGCUGGCGGCCCGUGCACGCCCCACAGAGCCACCGGUAACGCCCAACUUCAAGCCAGUGACCACCACGGACUCCUCGCUGUUCAGCGACGGUACGGCCAAGUACUAUCUGCCCACCAAUGCCGUGCCCGUGGCAACCACACCCACGCCACAGAGCAUUGCAGUGGAGAUCAAUCACAAGUUCGAUUCGACGCCGGCGCCAGAGUACUCCACCACGACGGAGCUGUACGAGACUAGCACGACCCGGGGCCAGGAGCUGGAACUGUCAGCAGAGCUCUCCCCGCCCAGCGCAGACUCCGGAGAGGGAGACGAGUUCCUGCAGCAGCAGCAGACCCAAUCCUUUGUGAAGUCCCGCAAUGAUCUGCUGAUAGAUUCCAGGCCACAGAAGCUGAUCACCACCCACAAGCCCACCGAGCAUCCGUGGACACUGAAGUCUCAGACCGAUUUCCUGGAUCCCCUGACCAUCAACGACGGCCUGAUGAAGGAGCAGCGCACCUCAACGACCACAACGUCCACGAAGGCACCGUUCACAUACCUGCCAAGGCUGCUGUCGGGCGUGGGCACCACAACGCCCACACCCUCGCGCUUUGAGUGGGAGGACAUCUUCAGGAGCUACGACAUACCCAGGGAUGCGCUGCCCUCGAGCAGCGGCCUUCAGCGCAUUGCCAACAAGUUGUUUGGCGGCCUCAACGAGCAGGAGGCGCUGCAUCUGCGCAAUGUGAUGGCUAAGGCGGAGCACGAUCGUCAGGUGUUGAGUCUGCUGCUGCUGCUCAUCCAGACCUGCGACGAUCACAACGGCAAGGCGCUGGAGCGUUCCAGGAAGCAUUUGCUCAAUGCUCUCAUCGAUAUUGAUAGCAAAGUGCCAGCAGGUGCAGGGGCAGGGCCAGGGCCAGGGAAACCCUCCAGACAAAGGCUGGCCACCACCACCACACGCAUUCCGGUGACCACAUUCCGACGAAAUGGUGGCGGCGGGGAGUACUUUACCAGCACCACGCCCGGCUAUACAACCACAACGGAUGUGCCGCUGUUUAGCACCACAACGGGGUCGGGCAGCAACGAGGAGACGACCAAAUUUGAGAUACGCGUCGAGGAUAUUGAGGAUGACUUGGGGGCGGGGACGGCGACAACAAUGGCACCCACGCUGCUGCCAUUCGAGGGCAACUCGGAUCGUCGGGCCCUGGAGCUGCUCAAGUCAUUAUAUUCGCUGGCAUCGAAGUUCAGCAGCAGGCGGUAAGGCCGCAAUGAGAUGAAUCGUUGGCGGGUUCCUAGCGAUAUGCGAAAACUUUUGCGAGUUAAUGCCUAACUUUUAGUCAACUCCACUCCACACUUCACACACCACACUCCAACACUGCAACACUCCAC